AUGAAGCAAGCAAGAGAGGGAAAGUGCUCAGGAGAGAUUGGUGGUGCAGAAGAGCCUCUUCUUAAUGGGAGGAUUAAAACUUCAGAGAAUUAUUCUCUUGUUUCUGCAAUCUUCCCAUUUCUAUUUCCAGCUCUUGGAGGACUAUUAUAUGGUUAUGAUAUUGGUUCCACAUCCUGUGCUACAAUAUCAAUACAGUCAGCCACAUUAAGUGGGAUUUCAUGGUACAACUUGAAUUCUGUGGACAUUGGGCUCAUUACCAGCGGAUCAUUGUACGGGGCAUUGAUUGGUUCUGUCUUGGCCUUUAAUAUUGCUGACUUUCUAGGGAGAAGAAGAGAGUUGAUUCUAUCUGCUUUCUUGUACCUUGUUGGAGCGCUUGUGACAGCCCUAGCACCUGCCUUUGCUGUUAUGGUGGUUGGGCGGUUUGUAUUUGGUAUUGGAAUAGGAUUGGCAAUGCAUGCAGCUCCAAUGUACAUUGCUGAGACAGCUCCAAGUCAGAUACGUGGUCAACUAAUCUCUCUGAAAGAGUUCUUCAUAGUCCUCGGGAUGGUUGCAGGUUAUGGAAUCGGUAGCCUAACAGUUGAUACUGUAGCUGGUUGGCGCUAUAUGUAUGGAGCCAGUACUCCUUUGGCAAUGAUCAUGGGAAUUGGAAUGUGGUGGCUACCAGCAUCACCCAGAUGGCUGCUAUUAUGUGCCAUACAAGGAAAAGGCAGUAUGCAGGAGUUAAGAGAAGCUGCAAUAUGUUGCUUAUGCCGGCUCAGGGGUGAGGCUAUUGGUGACACUGCUUCUAGUAAAGUAGAUGAGAUUCUUGCCGAACUUGCUUUUGUUGGCGAAGAAAAGGAAGUUGCACUAGCAGAAGUUUUCCGAGGAAAAUGCUUGAAAGCCCUCACUAUUGGUGCAGGGCUAGUUUUGUUCCAACAAAUCACAGGUCAACCAAGUGUGCUGUAUUAUGCUGCAUCAAUUCUUCAGAGUGCUGGAUUUUCUGCGGCAUCUGAUGCAACACGGGUCUCAAUCCUUCUUGGUUUAUUAAAGUUAAUCAUGACAGGAAUAGCUGUUCUUGUUGUUGAUAGACUUGGAAGGCGACCUCUGCUACUCGGUGGUGUUUCUGGGAUGGUUAUCUCGUUAUUCCUCCUGGGAUCAUAUUACAUUUUUCUGGAUCAUGCACCAUUUGUUGCUGUAGCUGCACUGCUAUUGUAUGUUGGAUGUUAUCAGUUAUCCUUUGGUCCUAUUAGUUGGCUGAUGAUUUCAGAGAUUUUUCCCUUACGCCUAAGGGGACGGGGGCUCAGUAUAGCAGUGCUUGUGAAUUUUGGUGCAAAUGCACUUGUGACAUUUGCAUUUUCCCCUUUGAAGGCAUGGCUGGGAGCUGGGAUUUUAUUCUAUGUAUUUGGAGUAAUAGCUCUGCUGUCUCUCCUUUUCAUAUUCUUCGUUGUACCAGAGACCAAAGGGCUCACUCUCGAGGAAAUCGAGGCCAAAUGUUUAUAG